AAAAGGCGGUCUUUGGCCAAAGGAAUACACGAAGUCUUGCCUUCCUUCAGUUAGAAGACGCUGCCCGUCCUAGAAGAACGUACCCGAGUGUCAAAAGCAAGUUUACAGUCAUGGAGCUGUUGGACCUGCCCUUCCAAAGCAAUUACUACAAAAGCAUCAUCAAGAGUCCUAAGAAAUACAACCUGAAAGUAAUUGAUCGCAGCUCCUUCUCCGAUCUGCCUCUCGAGAUUCCAUCCUGUACCUCAUUACCAAAGAUACCAAUAUAUCGUUCCAGUCUUACGGACGAUCUUGAUUCACUGAGCAACAACAGCCUUGGUUCGAGCGACCGAUCUUCCUUUGCGUCCUCUAGUAGACGUUCGUUGUCCGACCGAACCGCCUCUCUGAUUGACUUCUUUGUCAGACGAAAAAAGUCCCGUUCGGGAAGUAUCCCGAGUGGCACAAAAGCGCAGAGGAUACUCAAAUAUUUUGACGAAAUUGAUACUACGCAGAUUGCAUAUGCAUAUGGAAUUUUUCCCCCAAGCCAACAAUGAAAUCAAAUGGCGCGCACAGUGUGCUACCCCGUAAAAUUAUUAUUUAUUUUAUGUACAAAUAAAUUAUAUAUUUAUUUUUAUUUAUUUAUUUAUUGUUGUAAAUUUUAAGUUGUACACAUUUUUGGUUUAAUAAAUUAUAAUUAUAAUAUUUUUGAAAUUUAAA